UUGAGCGAAGCGCGCGCUCUCACUGUUGCGCUUUGGAUCAAGACACCCCGCGCGCAAAGUCGGAACUUUUACGCAAGGAACGAAAAGGUGUCGGCGGUGUCACAUUCUAUAUUCAAUCCUCGCUAUCUGGUGUGCUAUAUUUACCAAUAACUUCAAAGAACAGACAGACCUGAACUUAAAACAAUUGUUCUCAGGACUAAAAACAAAACACUUAAGAACGUUGCAGUGAUGGAAAACGUUACUGCAGAGAUGGAAAACGUUACUGCAGCUCAAGAAAACCACACACUGCCAACAUGGACUGACCACAGCAUCGAAUACAAGUUGAUAAGCACUUUAUUAGUGUUUGUGAUCUGUGCUUUAGGGGUCGUUGGUAACAUAAUGGUGAUCUUAGUGGUCCUUACAACCAAACACAUGAGGACACCCACCAACUGCUAUCUGGUUAGCUUGGCCGUGGCCGAUCUCAUGGUGCUAACGGCUGCAGGCUUACCAAACAUAACGGACAGCAUCUUCGGCUCAUGGGUGUUCGGCCGCUCAGGAUGCCUCUGCAUCACCUACUUCCAGUAUCUUGGAAUCAACGCGUCGUCAUGUUCCAUAACCGCUUUCACUAUCGAAAGAUACAUCGCCAUUUGCCACCCCAUAAAAGCACAGUUUCUCUGCACGCUGUCCAGGGCAAAGAAGAUCAUAAUUCUUGUGUGGCUUUUUACUUCGCUAUACUGCAUCAUGUGGUUUUUCCUGUCGGAUAUUGAGGAAGUUUUAUAUGAGAACGUGACCAUUGAGACAUGCGGCUACAAAGUUUUAAGACGGUUUUAUUUACCCAUUUACUUUUUCGAUUUUGGGAUGUUUUUUGUUUUGCCUUUACUGCUAGCAACGAUUCUGUACGGACUCAUCGCAAGAAUCCUUUUUUUGAAUCCAUUGCCAUCAAAUUCCAAGGAGAAAUGCAAAAAUGGACAAAGAAACUGCACUAAGAUGAGCAGCUGUAAGAACUCCCGCCAUUCCAACUCCACCGCCACAUCCCGGAGACAGGUCACCAAGAUGCUGGCUGUGGUGGUAGUCCUGUUUGCCGUGCUGUGGAUGCCCUAUCGCACGCUAGUGGUGGUCAACUCCUUCCUCAAACAGGCCUACCUGGACACUUCGUUCCUGCUAUUCUGCCGGUGCUGCAUCUAUUUAAACAGCACCAUUAACCCCGUAAUUUACAACGCCAUGUCGCAGAAGUUCCGCGCCGCUUUCCGCAAGCUCUGCCGCUGCGGGCGUAAAGGUCUGCAGAAGCCCACAGCGUACAGCGUGGCACUCACCUACAGCGCCGUCAAAGACACGUCGGUGGUUGAGAGCACCGACCACUUCACCACGGAGCUGGAAGAGAUCACCGUCACAGAGGACUUACUGCCUGAUAAGAUGAUGUUUCAAGAUACCCGUGUUUACAACGAGGUGAUUUUCAACAAAGACUGAUUUACAUUUUUUACACAUUUGUACAGUAGACAGCUUGCCAAGUUCCCCUCAGGACCAGCCCCACUGAUCCUGAGGUUAAGAGAUACUCUAGAGAAGCCUGGGUGAUGCUGGUGUAAACUGUCACUUAACCCUUAACAACUUGUGCUGUUUGUGCAGUAGAGCAGAUAUAAUAGGCAGAACCAAGUAUAUGCACAGAUGCACAUGGGUAUGAAACUAUGUAAAAUAAACCUCUAUCCCCCAAAACACAAUGCCCCACUAAAACAAACUGACACCCAUGCCAGUCUUCUAAAA